AGCCCAGUAUCUAGCGCGCAGCCAGGACCAAUCCCAAGGCCACAAAGAGCAACUUCGACUGUCUCCUAUCCUGUCUCGCGAGGCUUUAGAAGCGAAAUACAACCCACACUCGUUUAGGAGACAGUUAUCACCUCUCUCGCCCAAGUUCACAUCACCCGCUCGAGUCCAACCAACAACAAAGCACCCCGCCUUCACGUGCCGUCAGGAUCGCAUACAGUAACUAGUCGCAUGCGCCGCUAAUCGCGAAGAUUUGCGUGCAUUUCAAGUAGCAGGAGUCUCCGAAGGCAGCAGGUACUGCAGGCAGUUCCGGGGUAGUCAGAUUCAAUUCUACCUGACGUACACAUUAAAGACCAAUCAUGGCGAGCAACAUCAUAGGAGACCGCAACAGCACGCCUGCGGCCUCAAGCUCUACCCUACGACCACCCACCUCCCGCACCGGCUUUGGCUCUGGUCACCAGAUCCGGGCAUCAGCUGACAUGGGAGCUCUUUCCAGCACGUCUCCGCUUGCCAAUCGCGGCAUACGUCCGGCCUCUGAGGUGUAUCUCAAUCAGUUUCAGCAGGGUGCGAAUGUUGGCAACCCCGAAGAUGCCGCGGAGAAGGCGGCGCAGCAGUGGAUUGCGGAUAUUGACCAGUAUGAGACUACGUUAGAGGAGAUGGCGGCGGCGACGCUAGAUCAAGAUUUCAAGGAUGAGCUUAGCGCUAUCGAGCAGUGGUUCCGGGUGCUCAGCGAGCCGGAGAGGACCGCUGCAUUGUACGCUCUUCUACAGCAGACGACGCAGGUGCAGAUUCGCUUCUUCAUCCAGGUGCUGCAGCAAAUGGCCAAGAGUCACCCAAUGUCUGGCGUACUAUCGCCCGCAGCCUUUGAUCAAAAGGACCCGAUGUCUUCAAGGAUGAACGAUGCGAUGAACAAGCUGAACGUUGAAGGAUCGAGAGGCUCCUUCGGUUUUGGAGCCAAGCCGCCGCCUUCGCCUGGUGCGAAGCGCAACUCUGCCUUGGAUCCGAACACAAUCAAGAGCAUGUUCCCGGAUGCAGCGAAUGCGAUUGAAGAUCAGAAGGCCGAGUUCCAGAAAACAACGGGUACAGCACCCCCGAAGUCGAAUCGGAACAGUACAAUAGGCGAGCGCUUGUCGUUAGCUGCACCCACGAUUUCAACACCGGAGGAGGCGCCGAAGAGAAACGGCAUACCUGACGGUCCAUGGCGGAGCACAAGCGCGAGCGCGCAUUCAGAAAACCAGCCGCCAAUCAGUCGGCCAAAGUCUUCAUCAGGUCAACAGGCUUUCGCACAAGCGCCAAUGGGCCAGCUUGGUAUGAGCCAACCGCCUCCGUCUGCCGGCUUGAGAAGCUCACGGCCCUUCUCGCUUUCGAGCGACAACAACAUCCAAAACACCACCGUACAAGCCAGCGACUCGAAUGCUCCAAGCAUGCCACUCUUCUCUCCAUACGCGCCAGGCGGGAGCUGGGCUUCCGCCAUGAACACGCCCAUGGUUCCGAGCUUCAACACGCAGCAAGGCGCAAAUCAAGCAGACAUGGUGGCGAACGCGACGGCGAUGAAGCUUGCCGCUCUAUCUACCGUCAACAACCGGAUCCAGCUCGAUGACGUACGCAAAUACCGGCGAGCAAGAUCAUCAGAGGGUCAGGGUUCUCAACAAGGACUGACGCCGGGUAUGCCAUCCAACAUCCUCAUGACAAACGAGCUGGGCCAGAUUCUGUCACCACAGCAAGCGGCGGCGCUACAGCAACAGCAGAUUCUAGCAAUGCAGGCAGGUCGCUCACGGCCAAGCUCACCCGGCAUCGCCAUCACCGGCCCUUCGGGCGGCCUCUCCGCGACCGGCAUACCAAUGGCACAAAGCAACGGCUUCCUCUCCACCUUCGACGGCCAAAUGGGCGCCCUCAACAACAACUUCGCCGGCAUCAACCUCGCCAACUCCGGCUACGCCAUGAUGGGCGGUGAAGGCUACCUCUCCGACGCCUCCGAAAUCGCUCGAGGACGCUCACCGCGAGGUCGAAGAGGCAGCUCGAAACCACCGGAAGACCCUACGGAUCUGCAUCUACUGAAGGAUAUCCCGAACUGGCUGCGGAGUUUGCGGUUACAUAAGUACACUGAUAAUCUGAAAGACAUGCGAUGGCAGGAUAUGGUCAUGCUGGAUGAGGAAGGGUUGGAGAAGCGUGGUGUUGCGGCCAAAGGCGCGAGGAGUAAAUUGUUGAAGGUGUUUGAACAAGUGCGGGAAGCGAUGGCAGAAGGCAGGAUGUAGAGCUCGCUACUACUACCGUGUUUCCGACAUUUGCGACAUGUCUUCCUGCUUCCCAUUGCCAUAUAACUCUGGCAUUGUUUGACAUUUACUUCUGACUGAGCGUGCUUGAGACAAGCAUAGGUGCGGUCAUUACUAGCCCGUACUAAUGCCCAGGACCUCACGUACCUUACGCUAGCGGACAUUCUUCUACCCUUCCUGCAACGCAUGAUCGUCUAUACUAACCUCGACUAACCGUAUAGCC